GGAGAGCAGACAGAGGCAGAGAGAGGGAGAGAGGCGGAGGAGAGACAGAUACACCACCACCAUGGCCAUGUUGAAGAGGGCGCAGCUGUUUGAAAGCGCCAGCAGCAGCCGCGCGCGUCUCGUCUCGACGUGGUCACGGAGCGCCGCACGCGCAGCAGCAACAACAGCAGCAGCAGCUGGAAACCAGAUGAUGAGCGACACCGGGGCGCGCGAGCCGCCGACAAAAUGAAAAGGCUCCUCCGCACACUGACCGCCGAGCUCGGCGCUGCUCUCACGGCAAGCUUUAGGAGUUGGGUGGUUUUUUGUUUUUUGUUUCCAUUUAUGCACAUUUUUUCCUUCGUGAAUUCGAGCAAUCGCAAUUGUAGGCUAUGCGGCGUCCCAGGUAAACAAAGAAAUACCGUAGGGAGGCCAUGGUCAGACACCGAGAACGGAAAGUGACGUUUUUGUCCACUGAGAAGAGGUGAUGUGUGUCACAGGCUGAUCAUGUCUUUUUAAUAUACUGAAUUAAACUCCUAAGAGCAAGUGGACUAUAAACAGGACAGACAGGCUUUGAUCAUUAGCGUCCAGGUCUUAUUAAUAUUCAAAAUGCCUCAUAUCGUAUAUAUGAGAUGUCAAUUUACACACACAACAAGCCCAGGUUCUUUUUCUUCUUCUUCUUCUUCUCAUUUUGUCGUUGCUCGUAGUCUAGGGAACAGAUUUUAGACAGGUAGGACAGACUACAGACUGGAGAAUAACUACACGAUACACAACAUGAAGGAUCACUAGAGAUCCUUCGUUCAUCACUGACACUCAUUAUUUUAUGUCUGCAUAUUUAUUUAUUUAUUGAUAUUAUUAGGCUUAUUAACCUAUUAAUUAUUGAUACUUCGAAGCUACUGUAGGUAGUAGAAUAAACCUUAACCAAGCAGGAAGAAAGAGUUGAUGUCCUGUGUGGACAUGGAUGCUAGCCGGCCAGAGGUCGAGGCGCUCCCGGGGAAACCGGGAGUCGAUGAGCCGCUCGCCGCUUCACCUCAGUCAGGCGGGGAGAGCCAGCGCAGCUCAGGGGUGAAGAAACACCACCACAAACACAACCUGAAACACCGCUACGAGCUGCUGGAGACGCUGGGCAGAGGCACGUACGGCAAAGUGAAGAAGGCCAUUGAGAGGCAUUCAGGAAGAGUGGUCGCUAUAAAGUCCAUUAAGAAGGAAAAAAUCAAGGAUGAGCAGGACAUGGUGCAUAUCCGUCGGGAGAUUGAGAUCAUGUCGUCCCUACGCCACCCCCACAUCAUUUCUAUAUAUGAAGUAUUUGAGAAUAAGGACAAGAUUGUGAUCGUGAUGGAGUAUGCCAGUAAGGGGGAGUUGUAUGACUACAUCAGCGAACGGCGGCGACUUACAGAAAGAGAGACGCGCCACUUCUUCAGGCAGAUUGUGUCUGCAGUGCACUACUGCCAUAAGAAUGGUGUGGUGCAUAGGGAUCUGAAACUGGAAAAUGUGCUCCUGGAUGAGAACUGUAAUAUAAAAAUCGCAGAUUUUGGCUUGUCCAACCUGUACCAUAAAGACAAGCUGUUACAGACGUUUUGUGGUAGCCCAUUGUAUGCGUCACCAGAGAUUGUCAAUGGAAGGCCUUAUCAUGGCCCUGAGGUGGAUAGCUGGGCGCUGGGAGUGCUACUCUAUACUCUAGUCUAUGGUACAAUGCCAUUUGAUGGAGGAGACCACAAAAACCUCAUCCGCCAAAUCAGCAAUGGUGAAUACAAAGAACCGACCCAGUCGUCAGAUGCUCGUGGUCUGAUCCGCUGGAUGCUGAUGGUGAACCCCCCCCCCCCCCCCCCCCCCCCCCCCCCCCCCCCCCCCCCCCCCCCCCCCCCCCCCCCCCCCCCCCCCCCCCCCCCCCCCCCCCCCCCCCCCCCCCCCCCCUCCCCCCCCCCCCCCCCACCCCCCCCCCCCCCCCCCCCCCCCCCCCCCCCCCCCCCCCCCCCCCCCCCCCCCCCCCCCCCCCCCCCCCCCCCCCCCCCCCCCCCCCCCCCCCCCCCCCCCCCCCCCCCCCCCCCCCCCCCCCACUGUGACGAGGAUGACAACCUGGGCUUGAAGCGACCAAAGGGAAUACUUAAGACUCGGCCUUCUGAAGAGCAGCGGUCACCCAGCCUGGAGGACAUUGAGCUGAUGCCUGCCAUUGAAGGUGCAGAAAAAGAGGAGGGGUCUCUAGCUGGCCAAGAGGAAGAGGAGCCUACAUUCACAGGAGGACUUCUGGCCAAGAUGGCGCCUGUUCUCCCAAAGAAGGGCAUCCUGAAAAACAAGCAACAACGGGAAUCAGGGUACUACUCUUCACCAGAGCGCAGUGAGUCCUCUGACCUGCUAAGCAGCAGCAAUAUCACACCCCUUGGUGCCAGUUCACCACCCAAACGCGCAGUGGGCAGGAAGGGCAUUCUGAAGCGCAAUGGAAAGUACUCCACCUACAGUGCCACACCUUCUGUGGCUGCUCUCGGAGAGACUCCAUCUGGUGAUUCAGGUUUAUGGCGUAGCCAGAGCCGGCCAUCCAGCAUUGUGGGGGAAGACAGCAGCGUCCUGACCAACAGCUCCUUCAGUGGGGCAGAGUGGCCCCAAAUCGGCCCAAGACCCAACAUCCGAGGCUGUGCGUCAGCUGAGAAUAUACUGCAGCUGGCCAACUUUAAAGGGUUACAGGCAGCUCCAGCCCUUCACGGAGGGAAGUUUGGUCGAGGGGCGCACAGCUCACCUGGGGACAACAACAGCUUCUCCCUGCUGGGAGACCUGGAUGAUGUAACACAGGUGGAGAGAGAUGCCAGGUGGAGCCAUCACCAGAUGUGCCAACUUGUUAACGUGUUGAAUGUUGAGAGACCCAGGACCUUGGAGUGCAAAGCCUUUUCAUAUUAACCAGCUAAGACAAUACCUCACUAUUAGCUUAAGCAUUCAGGCAUGUCGGGCUGUUUUAAAGCUUAGUUUCAGGCUUUACUUGUGGAGACCGGCAGCUUUUAAACCAUGCCUUACUGGUUGUGACCUCUCUGAAGCCGUCACUCAAACAGUGACCUUGUUUAUGUCCAGUCCGCUGCAUUAUCUUAUGUCCUCAAAGAGAUCCUUUAAAAAGCUCAUGUGCCUGAAGAAGUCUGAGAAGAGAGCUAGUAUAUUGGUUUCCUCUUUGGGUUUGCAUAUAAAAUUCUCAUUUCCCACAAAUGCAACAUGCUGAAACGGGCGGUUUGGACAUUUCCACUGUUCUUCCUGGAAAGCUGAAGUCACUGUAUGUUUAUAUUUAAUGCAGUUAUGCUUCAUUUACAGAUUGUCUAAUACACCGCCUCUGUUCACAAAUAAUCUUUGUGUCAUUCAGCAUGAUGGGAUAAAAAUAUUGAUUUCAAAGUAACGAUCCAGCUUUUGGGUCCAGUUCCAAAGAACUCCUUGCCAUGUCAUGUUUGUACUGAAUCUUGUCCUAGCUGUCACGGUGAAGAGAUUUAAUACACAUUUAAAUGUUGCUCAGUGACUCGUGCAAGUGUGUACAGGCAUUUGGCCUUAAUAUAGUUCUGUAUAGUCUGCUGUAGAGAGUAGGUGAGUGUGAAUGUUGGGCGAGAGAGAUAGAGUAUGUGUUCAUAGUAGUAGGUAAGUGAAAAACAUUUAGCCUUUUCCAGUAAGUGGGUUUUAUGAUUUGAUUUACUGGAAAUGGAAAUGGAAGGAAGGAUGAUUGCAAGUGUUGAAGUAGCAUGAUGCGAUAAGUAGAAAUGAAGAAAGUGAGUGGAUAGGGAUUACGUGUUACUCAUCGUGUGAUGAGAUCUAAACAGUUGAAAGGAAAGGAAAGGAAAGGAAAGGAAAGGAAAGGAAAGGAAAGGAACAUGCCUGUGUUAUUGUGCAUGGAUGUUAGUGUUCAACUGAGCAUGUCUUGUUUGUUCAGCUCCAAUAAACCUCCAGCAUCACUGAGUUGCAACAGGACAGCUGAAAAUGAUAAAUACCCAAACUAUUGCAGGAAGUGCACAUAUCAAAUUUAUUUCCCACACAACAAACUGACCAACAUCUGUAGGACAUAUGAAGGCAUUUUGUGCAACAGAGGUCCUGGGUACUGGAAGAAAUGAGACACCCUUUGUGUAUCGUAUUGUAUUGCAUUUUUAUAUUGCAUUGUAUUGUCAACUGGAUUCACAGUGAAGGAAUUAUACUAUGUUAGUAUUUUGUUUAAUUAUAUUUCAGUUUUUGAUUCUCCAAAAUAUUGAAUCUUUAUUAUUUUAUUUUAUUUUAUUUUAUUUUAUUUUAUUUUAUUUUAAUGGCAGAAACUUGAAUGUGGCUAGGUUUGACUGAUUUGGCUAGGGCUAACCUAAGCCCAUCUCACCAGUGUUCACAUUCAAUUAUCACAUUAAUCCAUACAUUUAAUAAAAAUUGCUUGUCUGAAAAACAGCCAUUCACUUUAGAUGAGCAGUCACACUUUGACACCUGCGCUGUGGUUUCGUGGAAACUGCCUUUUGACUAGGCAUUUUCAGUAGCUCCUUCAAUUCACAGUAGUUUCCAGUUUUUCCAAAAUUUCCAAAAUUCUCCCAUCUUAAAUAAAUGAAUUGGUCUUAUGCUGCACUGAGAUGUAGGCUUAUUCGCUUUUUUCACUGCUGAAAUUUCUGGAUAUGACUCACACUGUAAAUCACCCCAAAAUGCCACAGUGCCAUCAUAGUACGUCCGUACACAAUUCACCUCUGCAACAAAGUCAUACCAAAAAGAAAAGAAGGAAAAACAUCAAGCUAUGCAUUAGUCAAUGAGCCGCAAACAUGCUUUCUGCCAAACUGGAAUUAACUGGUGCAUAUCUGUUAGUUAGCAGAAAGUCUACUUAUAGGAAAACUUGACUGGAUAUUGUUAUUGACAACAAGAAGAUGGUAUUAUUAUGUUAUUUAAGUAUUAUUUUUGUUACAAUUCAUUACUAUUGUUGGCUAAAGCCACAAUAAUCAUUUUUAUUUUUCAUUUUAUUGAUUUGAAUACCUGGACUGCCAAGGUGUUUUUUGUUUCAGUGCCUUUGCUAUCUUUUAUGAUCAUUUUUAAUUUUUUUUUUAAUAAGAGUAAUUAUAGCAAUUGUGUUUUUAUACUGUAUUUAUUUUGGUAGUGAAUCCAUUUUGGUUCAUGUAACGCCACUCCAUGCCUUGUGUAAGACUGUGUGGGUGUUAAUAUAUGAAAAGACAUGAUGACCUGGAAGGACGGGUAGAAAAAAAGAGGAAAAGAGAAGGAGUGAGAGGAUGUGGAAUGCAGUUAUUUUCAUGUUGAGGUUAUUUCGUGUUUGUUUGAGCAGUUGGUGAGGCCUGUAUUUAUCUGUGAAAGCUGAAGGAGUUAAGUGGUCGUCAUCUGUAUGGCAAAACUAAGCCACAGUAAAAUCAACUUGGUUAAUAAAUGGAUCAUUUCAAAGUA